CCAAUAACAUUACAUCUUUUCGUCAAAAAUUGCAAACCCUUCUCUCAAGAAACCCUUAAACUGUGAUUUUUCUCUUCACUCAAUUGAAAACCCAACAAUGAAUAAUCUCCGUAUUACACACACCGAACAACAAGACAACCGUUACGACCUUUUCAACGUGCACUUCUACACCGACACAAUCAAGACAACCGUCACUUCAGAUCCCGACAUAAUAACUAACUGGAUCUCCGAAACCUUAACCACCAAUCGCCACGUCAUCGCUGGUCUUGAUGUUGAAUGGCGUCCUAAUUUCCGCCGUAACCAACAAAACCCAGUCUCGCUUCUCCAAAUCUGCGUUGACCGUCGUUGCUUAAUAAUUCAACUGUUAUACUGUCAAUUUAUCCCUGAAUCACUUGUUAAUUUUCUUGGGAACCGGGAAUGCGUGUUUGUUGGAGUUGGAAUUGAGAGCGAUGUGGAGAAGUUGCUUGAGGAUUACGAGAUUAGUGUGGGGAAUGUGGUGGAUUUGAGAGCAAAAGCUGCUGAUGCGUAUGAGAUGAGGAAUUUGAGGAAUGCUGGGUUGAAAGCACUGUGUAAUGUUGUGCUUGGAAAAGAGAUUGUGAAGCCUAGAAGUGUUACUAUGGGGAGGUGGGAUUGUGAGUGGUUGAGUUUGGGACAAAUUCAGUAUGCUUGUCUUGAUGCUUUUGUUUCUUUUGAGAUUGCUAGGAGCUUGAAUAAUGCUGCUGCUGCUGCUUCUGGGUAGUAAAUCUUUUUUUUUUCUUCUUUUGAUGAAGAUAUUUGGGUGGUUUUAUUAUAGUCAAACCUCGUUAUAAAAAACAUUUUACUGUGUCGGUCUGAUUUUGUUCAGAACCGACUUUCAUGUUAUGUUUUGCUUAUCAAUAGCAAUAGUAAAGUGUGUGUGUGUGUUUUUAAAAAUAUUGUUGAAGAUAUUUGGGUGGUCUUAUUACAAUCAAAA